AUGGGGAAUGAAAGCUCGAUGUUAGCUGAAGAGGAAUAUCUUCAUCACGAUAGAAAGAGCGAAAGUUCAGUUGAAGGUGGCGAAUGUUAUGGUUUUCGUGUUCUCGGCAUCCAGGAACAGUCGCCUGCUUCGACCGUGGGCUUUGUGAGCUUCUUUGACUUUAUCCUCGAGGCAAACGGUAUUCGUCUUGACACUCGGGACGCUACCCUAAUGGAGCUUAUUGCUCAGAGUGAAGACCGUCCUAUGCAGCUUCGAGUAUUUAAUGUUAAGGCACAGACUUCAAGAGAAUUGCAAUUGACACCUAGUCGCAAAUGGCCAGGCAAAGGAUUACUAGGUGUGACGAUUCGCUUUGAUUCCUACGAAGGCGCUGAGGAUCAAUUACUUCACGUGCUGGACGUGGCAGAAUCGUCACCAGCCGAGCGUGCAGGACUCCGAGCAAAUUCGGACUAUCUACUGGGCACACCGGAACGUGUGUUUACUAGUGCAGAGGAUCUGCAUGAUGAGAUUCUGGACGCACUGGAUGGAUCAUUCCAAUGUUAUGUGUACAACUCGCUUGAUGACCAGGUUCGCGUUGUGUCGAUCGUUCCGACAGAGCGUUGGGGAGGUGAUGGUGUACUUGGUGCUGAGGUUGGCCAUGGUUACUUGCAUCGACUGCCGUCUGUCUAUCGGGGUACUGUUGGUUCAUCGGUGGGUUUUGUCAAUCUACCUAAGGAUGCCAAGGCUGCAACGGAUGCGUUCUUGAAGCCGCAGCGACGCGACGAGGAUAGUCAAGCUACUAGCGAAGGCCACAAAGAAGGCAAUGAGGUUGUCAAGUCGGAUACGAUGUUAGCAGACCUCUCAGCACAUUCUCCACAAUGUGAUGCAAACCAGCAGCCGAUUGAUACUGAAUCAUCUAAUCCGGAAAAUGAUGAUACGGCCUCUGGGACAACUAGCGAGAUGAAGGCCGCUCCUUUAGCAAAGCCCCGAUACGUAGCACACAUGGAUUUUCAGCUUCCUAUCUCGACUAUUGCCGUAGUUGCUGACCCGUGA